AUGACAGGUGGCUGGGCAUUCUGGGCAUUACAGUUUGCCAUUGCAGUCUUUGUCGGCGCUUGCCCUUGCGGCAUUGCUCUCGCGGCUCCAACAGCGUUGUUCGUGGGUUCUGGACUAGCGGCCCAAAACGGAAUAUUAGUUAAGGGGGGUGGAGAAGCGUUUCAAGAGGCCUCUGCUCUGGAUGUGGUUGUCUUUGAUAAGACCGGCACACUGACGGAGGGCAGAAACCCAAGUGUAACAAACCAUGAUAUCAUAGCAUCUGGUGCGGAGGAGAUGAGGGUCAUCUGGGCAAUUGCACAAGCGCUAGAAGUGUCCUCAAGUCACCCUAUAGCUAAAGCGAUUAGCACACUCUGCACAGAUCAAAACCGUGCUUCUGUUAUCGACUCUACUAUCGAAGAACUACCCGGUCGCGGUCUCAAAGGCACAUUUACCAUCCGUACAUCCACCAACGACAGCCGGUAUGAAGCCGCCAUUGGCAGCGAAGCUUUCAGGUCCUUACUUGGCACGCCAAUAGACACUUACUGGUCCAACAACGUGUCGACAUGGAAAACUGCUGGGAAAAGCAUCGCUCUUCUUGCACUACGUCCUCUUUCCCUCUCAGACCAGGAGGAGACUUCAUUUAAGCUUGCUGCACAGUUUGCUACAACAGACCCACUCCGCCCUGAAGCUUCUUCCGUACUCUCUGCUCUACGCAAUCAAGGUGUGAGCAUCUGGAUGAUUUCAGGGGACAACGCCACAACCGCCACGGCGGUCGGGUAUCAACUCGGUAUCCCCGCCACCAAUAUCAUUGCUGGUGUUCUCCCUUCAGAGAAGGCUGACAAGAUCCCCCCUCUAUCUCAAAUGCGAAAGCGGAUCUUUUCCCAAUCUCCACCAAGUGCCUUAUCCCCAGUCUCAGACAUGACUAGCAAUGCGUAUUCGAUGGGUGCAAAACGACGCCGUUCUUGA